AACCCCAUUCCACAACCAUAUAUGUGCAACAGCCUCCUGGUGAGUGUGAGCCCCCUCCAGCACUGCUGUUUCUCCACCAGGCCAAGAGACUGCCACUGCUGCCUGGCAAUGCACAUAACCCAGCUCAACCGGGAAUGCCUUUUACAUCUCUUCUCUUUUCUGGACAAAAACAGUAGGAAAAAUCUAGCAAAAACAUGCCACAAGUUGCUGGAAGUGUUUCAAGAUCCUUUACUGUGGUCUUUGUUGAACUUUCAUUCUCCAGUGGAACUAAAGAAGGAUAAUUUUCUCCUGGGACCUGCUUUAAAACACUUAUCCAUCUGCUGGUAUUCAGAGAGAGUCAAGGUGUGUAACAUUGAGGACUGGAUGAAAAACAGUUUCCAGAAAGACUUCUGUAAGAGGCAUGAGAACACUGUCAGUGAUUUUUUACUAGACGUUUGCAACAGAUGUCCAAAUCUGCUGUCUCUGACCCUCUCUGGCUGUGGCCACGUUACAGAUGACUGCAUUUUGCAGCUUCUCAAGCACUGCCCAAACCUGAAGAGCCUCAAACUGGAGAACUGUGUGCGGAUCACUGACCACACCCUGCAGGCAGUGACCCUCCACGGGGCAUCACUGCGAACACUCCACGUGGAUUUCUGCCGCAACGUGACACAAGCUGGGCUAGAGAGAGUCAGGGAAAAGUGUCCUUCAAUAAUGCUGAGGGCAGAGAAAAGUGCUAACAUGAUCCCAGACAGUAAGCCAGAAAAAAAGCUGAUGCUUCAAAAAGCAUCAAGAAAAUUGGUUCAGCUUUAAAUGCAGCAAAAUAAUCAGAGUGGGUAUUUUACCUGAGAUAGCAAUGAACUGUGGCUACUUCCAUGGGUUCUGGUCAAGUCCAAACAAAUGGCUGCUUUGUAAAGGGUCUGCUGGGAAAAGGCAUGCAUCUCCCCCUGGAUGGGCUUCAGGAAAAAAAAAAACAUUUGCUCUCUGUUGUUCUUUGAAACUGGAAAACCCUGCAUUGCUGACACAAAAUGUCAGACCUGCGGAAAACUGCAUUUCUGCUACCCUCCUGCUGCAGAUACACCUCACUCAGAAGAGGGAAACAGCAGUGUGUUUAUUGAGGCCAAAUAAUUUGAUGGGAGUCCAUGCAUUUCAUGAACUUUUAGGAAAGUUUAACAGUAGUUUGACAUGGUGCAGUAAGCUUGAUGGCAAGGUUCACUGACUGCAUGGAAGAAACACAGAGUGAACUGAGGCAAAAUGAGUCACACAGGGACCUGAGAAGCCAAACAUCAAGGAAGAGCCUCCCACUGGAUCACAAGGUUCAGACUGGACCCUGCAGUUUCAAAACUCCUUAUAUAAUGGGCAAGGGCAUAAAGCCACAGCAGAGAGAGCCUGAGUCACUGUAGGAUAUUUACACAUUUUGGGGCAAGAAUGAUUAACAAACAUCUGUUAAAGGAUAUAUCCAGUCAGUCAUUCCAUCCACUAAGGAGGAGAACCACUCCCUGAAAGAUCUUCCUAGCAAAAGCAGAGUACUGACCACCAGCACUUCCUCAGUGAUUAACAGUGGCAGCUAAUUUACCAGUUUUUAUUUAUUUAAUGAGGGAAGCAUGGAUUCAAGGCACACAAAACAGUUUGAUCCUCUGCAUGAUGUAGUUACAUAAUAUAAGAUGCACCAAGUUAUUUUUUAAAGCUGAUGUUAAAGGCAGUGCAGUAUGAACAAGUGGUAGUUCAGAGAGCUAACCCACAAGAAAAGACAGUGACUAACAGCCUGUAGCUAAAUUAGGAACACACUGCAGACCAGCUCUAUACAAACACCCAUUUCUCACUGCAAAGUACAAAACCAGUAGCUAUUUUCAUCCCAAAGCACGAGGCUGUCCCUUUCCUGCAGACUGCUCUGCUACCUGGAAUCAAACUUUAUUUUUACAUGCUUUUGAUGCUAUGCCACCAUCUACAAAAUCUGACACCAAAGAGGACUCCACAGGUCUCAACAUAACUAAAUAGAUUUCUCCUUCUGAUCCUGGUUAAUUGAUCCACAGGUAUCUUUGGUAUUCUCUAAUUUGGCUGAGCUAAGAAAUAAAUUACAGCAACUUGGUCAAACAAUGCUACAAUUCCAGAGCAUACUUGACCAGUAUGAGCAUCUGUAAGAAACACUCACCCAGAAAACCAAUGAUGAAAAUAAAUUAUUGCAUCUUCAUUACUUAGAGAUAUUUAACAGCA